CCAUCCCAUUGUCCGCUAUCGAGCAUGUCGGCGCAGCAAAAGGCUGAAAUUCUCAGGCAUAAGAUCGAUGAGCUCCUCGCGGAGGGAGUUGACAUAGUGGUCCCAAUUCUCAAGGUCGUCAAUGCUACGGCCGAUUGGUGUCCCCCUCUCAAGAUGGCGACUAGCGGUGCACUCUCCAUCCUCGACGAGGUUCAGAAGUUCAAGGACAACAAGAAGGAGUGGGUUGAUUUUGGUCAAUACGUGGCCGACACCGUAGUCGAGGUCAUUUUAGUCAUAAAAUCUUACGAUGCGUCAGCGGAAGAGGCAAAUCAGUGGGUGGAGAGUGCCACAAAGCUCAAAAAGUAAGUUGUACCUGCUUUUGGUGGUCCUUGCUAUCGUUACGUACAUCAAAUCCUAGCGCUCUACAGGUGAUUGAGUCCGAAAUCCAAGGAAGAAGGGAAAGAGUAGAGAAACGACCAGCCUUAAUAAAUGCAUUUUCGUACUUGCGAGACCCAGGAAGGAUUAAUG